AUGGCCGCUCAACAAACUCUCCUCUCACCCGCCGAACUCGCAUACCUUCACACCUCACUCUCACUUACCCCACCAAUCCGUCCCGAUGGCCGUUCCUCGACACAAUUCCGCCCAUUGGCCGCAGAGACGGGUAUCUUGCCCGGCACGAAUGGCAGUGCCCGCGUCUGCUUUUCAGACGGAACAGAAGCCAUUGUUGGUGUGAAGGCGGAAAUUGAGAAGACGCCCGGAGUACGAGAUGCCGACGAUCAGGACGGAAAGCUGAGCGCCAUUGCGAAUGCGGCAGUUGAUGAUCCCAAGUCAGGCGCACGGGGGGAUUGGCUAGAGAUGACGAUUGAGAUACCCGGCCAGAGAGAUGAUGAGGCGUCGACUGUGUUUUUGGCGGAGAUGCUGAGAGAGGCGUUGCUUGCGGAUGGGGAGUUUGCGAAGAAGUUGUGGAUUAAUAGGCGGUUUCACUGGAGGUUGUAUCUUGAUGUUCUACUGAUAUCGCCGCCUCUGUCAUAUCCGCUUCCUCUGCUAUCGUUGACGUCUCACCUUGCACUUCUUGCGACACGGCUGCCACGGCUGAAGUCGGAGGGUGAUGAGGAUCCCAUGUUCGACGAUGACUGGGAAACAUCGACCUACUUGUAUCCUCGUGGGGAGGGCAUCCCUGGCUCUCGACCUCCGGUUACGCUGCUGGUUAUAUGCGUAGGCGACAAUGUCAUCUUCGACCCUUCAAAGGAGGAGCUGGCAGUUGCAGAGACGGCAUUGGCCGUGUCGAUAGCAGAAGUCAGAAAGGGGAAGGAGGAGGGAGGAAUGGAUGUCGAUUCAAAACGGGAAUUAAGACUGUUAUCCAUGAGGACCGUCGACCCUCCGUCGAGAUUAACACCACCUGGUGUUCCGAAUUCGUUAAAUGUUGCUACGAAUGGAGCGGCGGCUGGUUCUGCUACGAAGCAGCAGAACGCGGAGAGACACCAGCCCGUGCAAGGUGUGUGGAAAGCGCCGUUGGGCGGGACCAGGUUCACCGUCAUGAAUAGCAUUAUAGAAACUGUCCUUGAGAAGGGUGGUGUUGCGGAUGACGUUUUGGAUGGGCUCGAGGGCGUUGAUUUGGCAUAG